AUGUCUAUAGGCUGUCGAGGAAAGGGGCGACAAAUCCCCCCAGCUCAUCGACUGGAGAUCUCCGACAUCGAAACAACCGGCUCAAGAUGCCGGACCUUAUAUCUGAGCAUUUCCUCCCACCAUCAUCGGGGAGGUUCGUUCCAACUCCUGUACAGCAAUUGGCCGCCGUGCAUGAUGGCACAGGAUGGUGUUGCCCACAGGGCAGAGGCCUCUGAUCACCCUCCGAACGAAAGGACAUCCCUCUUGACAAAGCCGGCAUCGGUAUAUUCGUCAUCAUCAGACACCGGACACGCUGCUUCAUCCGAAAUCUUCAGGCUGCCUCAAUACCGGCUAUGGCUUGACGAAUUGUGGCUGCUCACACGCACGUCCCUUCCCGUCAUCCUCGCGUACAUAUUGCAGAACUCGUUGCAGACAGUCUCGGUGCUCAUUGUCGGCCGGUUGAGUCCCGAGGCUCUUGCUACAGCCGCCUUUUCGUACAUGUUCGCCAUGGCCACGGCGUGGCUGAUUGCUCUUGGCGGUACGACUGCUCUGGAUACACUCGCAUCAAGCAGUUUUACCGGCUCGUCCAACAAACACGACCUGGGUGUCCUGCUGCAGCGAGGCCUGGUGAUCUUGACCUCUUUCUAUGCCGUUGUGGCCAUCAUAUGGGCCUUUUCUGAACACUUAUUUCGCGCUCUAGGCCAAGAGGAGUUUAUCUGCGUACAGAGCUCCAAGUUUCUCCGGUAUCUGAUCCCCGGCGGUCUCGGUUAUGUCUGGUUUGAGGCCAUGAAGAAAUACUUGCAGGCGCAAGAAAUCUACCGACCAGGAACAUACGUGCUGUUGCUCACCUCUCCGAUGAACGCACUGCUCAACUGGCUCUUCAUCCACCGGCUGGGAUUCGGUCUGUACGGCGCCCCCAUGGCCACCGGCAUAUCAUACUGGAGUUCAUUCCUCUUGCUCGUGGCGUAUGCUGCCUUUGUGCGGGGGAAGGAGUGCUGGGGAGGCAUUGACGUCCGAAGAGCCGUCUCCCACAUGGGACCUUUCGCUCACCUUGCGCUCAUGGGCGUUGUACAUGUCGGGACAGAAUGGUGGGCUUUCGAGAUCGUUGCACUUGCAGCGGGCCGUCUGGGGACAAUUCCUCUGGCGGCACAAUCCGUCAUCAUGACCGCGGACCAGAUCAUCAACACAAUCCCGUUCGGCCUCGGCGUCGCUGCUUCGGCGAGGGUUGGAAACCUCCUCGGCGCACACAAUUCGAGGGGGGCGGCCCGGGCUGCUCACUCAGCCGCCAUCCUCAGCACGAUAGCAGGGACCUUGAUCUUGAUAAUACUCAUGGCCUCACGCAACGUCUUUGGGCGAAUCUUCAACGACGAUGAGCGGGUGGUGAAGCUCGUGGCUGAAGUGAUGCCGUACGUAGCCUUGUUCCAAAUCGCCGACGGGCUCAACGGAUCCUUCGGCGGUGCACUGCGCGGCAUGGGCCGGCAAUGGGUUGGAGCUGUGGUGAACCUGAUCAGCUACUACGGAGGGGCGCUCCCCGGCGGCAUCUACCUUGCCUUCCACGGAUGGGGUCUCGUCGGACUAUGGGUCGGGCAGUGUGUUGCGUUGUAUCUAGUCGGGGCUCUAGAGUGGGUGAUUGUGGGGGUGAGCAACUGGGAGACAGAGGUUGAGAGGGCCAUCGCCAGGUUGGAAGCUGGGGGGCUUGGCAACUCGGAUGGCGGUUUGGAGUCGGUGUAA